GACAGAACCUUCCGGCAUACAGAAAUCCCCAAUUCCAAAACCCUCAUCGGAACCGCCCCAGAUGGAAAUCGACCAGCCUUCCGCCGCCCAGAUGCCGGAGAUUUCUCAGUACGAGCAGUCCAGAGAGUUGAGAAUCAGAGAAAACAUGGAGCGCAUGCAGAAACUUGGCAUUCCUGAUCUCUCUCUCAAGCUCAAAACCUCCGCUCCUUCAAAGAAAAAUCGCCGAAAAUCGCUUGUUCCCAAAGCUUCUCCACCUUCAUUCGACCUCCCGCCGACCGGACCCCUACGCCGAUCAUCCAGGUUGCAGAAUGUGACGCCUGUAACUUAUUCUGAACUGCGAAUCGAGAGGAAAAACAAGUUUUCUGAGGAGGAGGAUGUGGUUCUUGAAGAUGGCUCGAGGCCGGAGAUAUACUCGGAAGAGCAUGAGAAGGUGUUGGGUAGUACAGAGAAGAGCUGGACGCUAUUUGUGGAUGGAUACGGUAACGAUGGGAAACGAAUUUAUGAUCCAGUAAAGGGAAAGACGUGCCAUCAAUGCAGGCAAAAAACAUUAGGACAUCGCACUCAUUGCAGCAAAUGUAACAUGGUCCAAGGGCAAUUUUGUGGAGACUGUCUGUAUAUGAGAUAUGGAGAGCAUGUUCUUGAAGCGCAACAAAAUCCCGAUUGGAUAUGUCCCGUCUGUCGUGGAAUUUGCAACUGCAGUUUGUGUCGCCAAGCAAAAGGAUGGCUUCCUACUGGACCUCUGUAUAAGAAGAUAGCAAGGAUGGGGUUCAAGUCUGUUGCACAUUUUCUCAUCCAAACCAAACGUUCAAAGCCGAGUUCAGUGCAGAAUCCGACCGAUCUUGCUUCUGCCAAGAGGUCGUUGUCCUUCACCAAUUUUGAAGUUAAUCCUGCAGGCUCUCCUAAGGUUAAUGAUAAUCUCUUAGAAACAAUGGAACAUCAUGCUGUAGAUGAAUCUGAAAAUGAGAAGCAGAAUAUACCACAGAGUAAAGAGAUUAAGGAUUAUAUUUCUGUUAAGAGGUCACUGAGCUUUUCAGGCCUGGAACAGCAGGGCUCAAAAGAAACUAAACCUCCAAAUCAUUUCAACCAUGGAAAUGAGGAACUAUCACAACUUCAAUCUGAAAACGAUGAACUUGCCGAAGACGUCAUCAGUGAAAAAGAAAAGGAAAGGCAUUGCCUAAAGAGAAAGAAUGGUAACUACUGUCCUUCUGAUGAAUGUCCAAUAACUAAAAAAAUACCAACAAUUGCGGUAGAAUCAAACAACACCAUGGAUCUGGGGUGUGGCAAUGAUGACCACAGUGAGAAAGAAUUAUUGGAAGUUCAAGCAUCUGCAUCGUCAACAGACCAAAGCCUCAAAAAGAAUACUGAUAUUAGCAGCCAAACAAGCUCAGAGAGUACAACAAAAGACCAUAGUUUAGAGGAGGAGGGGUGUAAAACAUCAGAAGCGGGUUCAAACAGUUUAUCAAAUAAAAAAAUGUAGGCCCGAGUGAAACUCUCAACUCCGUCGGAGCUAUAAUCUUAGGUAGCGGUAGGGUUUUGCGACGUGUAGGUAUAAAACAAUAUGGUGCUAAAUUAUGUGUAGUUUUGACACAGUUUUGAGGCAAGUAACUUUUUGGGAACUCAGAAAACUGGUGUGUUUUUAGGUGGCAAGUGGAGCAAGGAGUGUGUGGUUCAGUAGUUUUUUGGAUCCCCCAGUAUUUUGUUUUACAGCUUACAAAUCACAGCUCCUAACAG